AUGUCCGUGGCGAGAGUUGGAAUGGAGAGCGGCUCGCAGGACGGCGCAGACUCGCCAUCCGGGCAUGUGGCUGCCCAGCGUGGGCUGUUGGCUGUGAUGUGGCUAUGGAUUCAAGAUAGGCUCCUGGUCAGAAUCCCUGGAGGAGCCACGAUCAACUUCUACGUCCAGAACGCACCCUACGGCAACUGGAUCUGCGCGCCUUACUCGGCAAUCCAUCAUGGCCCAUCACAAGUUGCUUCUUCGCCAUCCCCGUUGCAUUCCGGAGGCGGCCUCCCCACCCAGCCGUGUCUCGUAACUGGUGGGACCAUCAUGGCUGACCCGAAAACACCUGUGAAACACACUGACGCCCCGAACGAUGACGCCACGACCCACGACCACGACGAAAUGAAAGACUUCAAAAUUUAUGGCAAUGCAAAGAAAUUCCAUCUUGGAAGAAUCUUCCAGCUAUGGAAUCCCGCAGACAACGAAAUCCACAAAUGCACCUUCAUCGUCAUCAUUGACAAGCACGGCUCCGCUCAGUGUCUGAAGGUCUACAACAGCGAAAACCUAGCCCCGGAAAAGAAGACGUACGCCGUUCCGCUGCGGAUAUGGGCAUCUGCGCCCCCGCCUGUGAGUGAGACGAACUACCACACGCUAGAGGUGCACCCAGAGGUCAAAGAUCCCGGUCUCGGAGAAGCCUACGUGAACGUGCAGGACAGUUACCAUGUCGAGUCCAUCACAUCCAAAAGAGUCCGCAACAUUGGUUAUGUCAAGGCCGAGUGGCGGUCGACGCUGACCGAGUAUCACAAUUCAUCAUACUCAAAUGGAUGA